AUGCGAUUUCGUUCCGCGACUUCCAUCCCAGUGGAUCAUUUCACCAAACCCGCACGCCGCAUUCAGUUGCGCCUGCGCACCGACGAGGCUCGCACGCGCCUCAAGUCGACACCGGGGCCGCACAACCGCGCCGCGCAGCCAGUGCUACUGAAACCUAGGAACAUCUGUGACAGUGACAUGGUUUUGUGCUCUAAACGGAUUACUUUACGGUGUCAAUAA